AUGGAAAAUGGUGAAGAUGAGGAAGAGGAUGAUUUGUCUGAAGGUUCUCUGAGUCAGUCACACCAACUACACCAAACGAUACAACUGAGAAAUAAGCCAACAACGCCAGGGGGAAAUCAGCGACCGGGUAGUCGAGCGCCAACCAUGACAAUUGAUGUUGUUCGUGUCGGGAGACCAUUAAAAAUUUUAGCCUUUUUAUUAUCAGUAUUCAGUUUGCUGUUAUUUAUUGUUGGUUCUGUGAGCACUUCAUGGAUAUAUAUUGAUUAUAAAUCGAUUGGUCUGUAUCAGCAAUGUGAUGUUCCUUCAGUGAUGAAAGCUCCAGAAAGCAAUAAACAAACUGGCAUAGUAUCAGUGAACACAUAUAAUGAAAUUCAGAGAAUUUGUCAAUAUCGUGAUUUUUUAAAUAUUGAAACUAUAGGUUGUAUCCUGCUUGAUUUAACCGCGUUGCUAUUCAAUCUCCUUGGAUGUUCUUUACUGCUUAGCGGUAUAUUCUCGCUGAAUCUAAAACAUAAACGUAUCUUUUAUUACACAUCAGUUAUUUUGAAUACAAUUGCGUGUAUUACAAUGCUACUGGGAGUCAUUUUGUUGGCAAUUACAAGCACUGAGGACAACAAUCGUGAUGACAAAAAGCUGAUGUCUGAUGGGAGAGGUAAUACCAGUACUAACACUAACCAAUCAAUAGUCACUGUCGGUUGGUCUCUAAUUAUUGUUUGCUGUGGUAUCGUUAUUCUUGGUAUUGCCGUCUGUUUAGUUCUUUACGAUAGAGGUGGUGAAGAGAUUGAAUAUCGCGAGACAAUACAUAGGUCAUCAAAUUAUAUUGAAGAAGAUGCAUAGAAAAAUCAAAAACACAUGAUAGACAAAUAAGCAAACACAUACAAUUACACACAACAGAUACACAUUAACGCGAUGGGGAUGAGACUGAAUGACUGUUUGUUUGUUUGUCUGUAUGUGUAUAUGAUUCUGAUUAGAAGAAAAGAAGAAGGGGAAAAAUGCUAAUACUGCAAUUACAAAUGUGCAAUAUACAUCUACCAAUCAGAUUUUAGCAAUUACAUACAUAAAUGAUGGCAAGCUAGACAGACAGACUGUAUCUUCUUUUUCAACCAAUCACAUAAUAGCUUUUUGUUUAAAAUCGAUUGCCUGAUUGAUUGGUGGUGGUUUUUUAGAAAUAUUCAUGUUUUCGCCUACUUCCUGUUUUUUUUUGUUGCCCUCAAAAUACACUGCAGGUACCCCUCUUGAAGACAAUUACACACACGCCAAAUUUGAUUUAUAAAUCAAUAUUAUUACUAUUAUCUUUAUCAUUGUUAUUGAAGAAAUAAUAUGCGUA